UGAAGACAAGAAUGAAGGUGCAGCCAAACAAAAAAUGAAUCUUUCAGAAAACCCCAACACGACACAUGACCAGAGAGGAAAGUUGAGAACUUUGAGAUAGAGACACAGCACAGCUCACGCGGAAGAAGAAGAAAGCUCCCGAAAGAUCCGAAGCGCCCAUAUAUAUAUAUAUAUAUAUCACCGUAACGCUCAACCCUUCUCUUCCCUUGUUGUCAUGCGAAAUCGCCUUCGUUCUCACUCUCUCACACUCUCCAAUGGCUAAUCUCAACCUCACCACCGAUUCCCCUCUCUCUCGUCGCAUUGUUCGUGCCUUCCUCAACUUCCUCAACUCAGUUGAACCUGCUCCAGGUGUUGAUGUUGAAGGUCUUGAAGUUGUGACGGAAUGUUUGACGGAGGCGUUUAAGCUUGAUUCAUCUUCUGUCAAUGAUCAUACAAAUCCCAAUUCGUUGGUUGACAUAUUCCGUUCAUUGGAAAGAACUGAGAAUCAGGAAAUCAUAACUGAUUCUGCUCAUGGGGCUAUCUCAGGGGAUGCUCCCAGUUCGUCCUCUGCUCAGAAUGCCACUAAUGCUAAGCUUACAGAGCAGGCUGAUGAUUGGAUGGGGAAACCUCAAGUAUCUGGAGUGUCUAAGGAUGAACUUUUUGGACAAUUCUUUGCGGCGCUUGAGAAAAUUCACUUUGUCAGAACCAUGCCUGAUGGGAAUGAUGACCCAGUCCAAUUGGAGAAAGCAACUCGUUUAUUUCAUGAUGCUCUAAGUGAAAUGGAAAGAUCUGGAUGCAAGAUAUAUAAUAUAGACAACCUGGCUGAGACGUUAAAAUCACAAGGUAACAGGGCGAUGCAGUCAAAGCUAUACUCCGAUGCAAUUGAGUUGUAUAAUUGCGCCAUUGCACUUUGUGAAAAUAAUGCUGUUUACUACUGUAACAGGGCAGCUGCUUACACUCAGAUCCACAAAUAUACUGAAGCAAUCAGGGACUGUGUUAAAUCCAUUGAAAUUAACCCAAACUAUAGCAAGGCAUACAGUCGUCUGGGGUUAGCUUAUUAUGCACAAGGGAACUACAGUGAUGCCAUUAACAAGGGAUUUAAGAAAGCCUUGCAAUUGGAUCCAAAUAAUGAAUCUGUCAAAGAAAAUAUUCGGGUUGCUGAGCUAAGAUUGAGGCAAGAGCAACAACGUACAGAACGUGAUCAGAAUACAAGUUCAGCAAGUCAUAGUGAUCAGGAAUCCCAAAACCAAUCUAGGGGAGUGCCAAGGAGUACUCCGCCUCCAUUUACUUCUAUGCCAUUUGAUGCUUCUGCCCUCCCUGCUGAUUUUGCAAGCAUGUUUAUGAACAUGGCCGCAAAUGCCGCCAAUUCAUACCAGGGACAGCAUUCUCAAGACAUGCAUGGAGAAGAUAGCAAUGCGAACGGACCUGAAGAGCCAGAAAUAAGAAUAGGAGGGAACAUUAAUAUGAAUUUUGGAGAACAAAUGCCUGAGGAGCUAACAGGAGCUUUGAGAUCUGUGAUGGAGAUGUUCACAGGGGCAGCAUCUCAGCGAAACUCACAAGACACUACGAAUGAAAGACCAGAGCCGAACUAAAAUGGUGGUAGUGUGUUGGAACUUUAUAAAUAUUCUCACUACUUCUGUAUAAUUUUUCUUCUUUUUACUUUUUUACAAGGAUUUUUUUCUUCAAAUUUGAAUAUUUGACGAGUAAGGGAUGGACAUCAACCUUUGAGACAAAAGCUGACUAAAUUAUUUUAGUAGCCUCAACAUUUGUUUCUGGGAUAGACAUCAACCUUUGAGACAAAACUGACUAAAUUAUAUUAGUGGCCUCAACAUUUGUUUCUGAAA